AUGGGAAAGAAGCACAUCUUGGGGUUUCUGAAAGAGAGAAUUCUAGGAAAGGUAAGGAGUUGGAACGCUAAGUUUUUGUCUAAAGCUGGCCGUGAGGUACUGUUGAAAAAUGUAAUCCAGGCAAUGUCGUCCUAUGCGAUGAUGGUUUUUCUGUUACCCUCAGGCAUUUGUAAGGAAAUUGAGACCCUGAUGAACGAGCACCGGUGGACAGGUUCAGUGAAUAAUGGCAAGGGGAUAAGGUGGAGGACAUGGGCGGGCUUGUUUGCACCAAAAGACGCCGGGGGGUUGGGCUACUGCUCGCUGCGAGAGAUGAAUAUGGCUUUGCUUGGCAAACAAGCGUGGCGAUUGAUUACCAAACCCUCAUCAUUGGUGGCAAGGAUUUACAAGGCACAGUAUUAUCCUAACUCUACCUAUUUUGAAGCAACUGCAGGUAGUAACCCAUCCUUUAUUCGGAGGGGGUUACUAGAGGUCCAAAAUAUCUUAAGGGAUGGCUGCAGGCGUAGUAUCGGGAAUGGCCUGGACACGGUUAUAGGGAAACAUGUGUGGCUUCCAACACAAGAUGAGCCGUAUAUCAUAACUCGAGUAUGCGAAGCAAUUUACCUAUCACCAGUAGCUACACUUUUCAAUACCCAAGGUACGGGAUGGGAUGUUGACCGCAUUAAUACAAUAUUUGAUGCCCGUGAUGUUAAAUUAAUUUUGAACAUACCUAUCUCCAUCAGAAAACCACAGGAUUCGUGGAGGGAACGGGAGAGUGCUUACCAUAUGUUUGUUCAGUGUACUGAAGCUGCAAAAAUAUGGAAUAUUCUUGGGAUACUUGUGAUUAAUGCAGUUCAUAGUAAAGUUAUUGAUUGGCUUUUUCAUACUGUUUCACUCUUAUCUACUGAUACGCUUGGCAAAUUUAUCAUGGCAUGCUGGGGUGUAUGGCAAAGUCGUAAUGAGAGUGUUUGGAAUGGAAUUCUUUUUUAUGCUAAUACUAUGCUGCUACGUUCAAUUACCUUUUGGCAAAACUGGCCACAUGUUAAUGCUAAGGAAACUGCAGGGCAUUCGCCAACAAGGGAUGAGUUUUGGGUCCUGCCAACAAUUGGGCGCCUAAAGCUCAAUACGGACGCAUCGCUGAAUCACGCUAACAAUGUUAUGGGCUUAGGGUUGGUGCUACGGGAUCAUGAAGGAACCUUCUUGGCGGCAAAGAAUGUACGUAUGGAUGGAGUUUAUAUAGUUAAUGAAGCUGAAGCUAUCAAUUUGAGGGAAGCUUUAAGCUGGCUAAAGGAUACGGGUAUGGGCUUGUAA